CAGCUCGCGGUGCGAGGUGCGCCUGGGCCGCUCGGAGUCGCUCAAGGGCCGGGAGGAGCUGCGGCGCUCGCGGCGCUCGGAGCUGGUGCCGCGCUCGCGCAGCGACGUGGACAUGGACACGGGCAGCGACACGCCCCGGCUGCACUCGGCCUCCUCCUCCGCCUCCAGCCUCUCCAACAGAUCCCUGGAAAACCCCACCCCCCCCUUCACGCCAAAGAUGGGGCGCAGGAGCAUGGACUCUCCCAGCCUGGGCCUCGGAGCCGACGCUUUCCUCCCGCACCUGCUGGAGGACGAGCAGGGCCCCGGCCCCGACCUGGAGCCGGACCCCGAAUCGCAGAGCGCCCCCGAACGCCCCGAACCCCCAAAGUGCCCCCAGCUCCCAGGGCUGGCAGCAGCGGAGCUCCCAGAGCAAUUCCAGAGCCUCCCAGGGCUGGCAGCAGCGGAGCUCCAGAGCAAUUCCCAGAGCUGGCAGCACUCGGUGAGCCGGGAGCUGCUGGCCAGCCUGUGCCAGCGCGAGGUGGAUCGGCAGGAGGUCAUCAAACGGUGA